AUGUCUCGUCAAGUCAACGACUCGAGCAGCUACAGGGGGCGCUACAGCGAGCCAGUGCCAACCUCCAACCUCGUGAAUGAUGAGAACGAUUUUCCAGAAUUUGAACCUUUUCAGGAUGAGGCCACGCCCAGAGGACACGCACCUGCAGGCGGGCCUCUGAUGGUGGAGAACGUCGACAUGUGUCAGCAGGUAAACAAACCGAACCACUACACCACCGCCUACGACACCCAGAACCUGGUGGUCCGCCGCGGUCAGGAGUUCGUCAUGCGAGUCACCUUCAGCCGCCCGCUGACCCAGGAGGACGACUUCCAGCUUGAGUUCCUGAUCGGUUCCAACCCUUCACCCAGUAAAGGCUCUCAGGUGGUGGUGACCUUCAAUUCCCGUCGUGGUGGUCCGUGGUCGGGGCAGAUUCUGGAGAAUCGGGGACAAUCGGUGAUGCUGGGCAUCACGCCGACGGCCGACGCCAUCGUGGGGAAGUUUCGUACCUACGUGGCGAUCAUGACGGGCGGCGGCAUGCAGCGAACCAAGAGGGACGCCACCACCGACCUGUACCUGCUGUUCAACGCCUGGUGUCCAGACGACGCUGUGUUUCUUUCUGAUGAAUCAGAACGGAGGGAGUAUGUCCUGAACGACGCAGGUGUGAUCUUUCAGGGUUCAGUUGGAGCUGUGUCAAACCGCCACUGGAUGUAUGGACAGUUUGAACGUGGUGUUUUAGACGCCUGCAUUUACAUCCUGGAUGCAUCCCGGAUGCCAAUCUACAACAGAGGCAACGUCAUCAAACUGAUCAGGAAAGGAUCUGCCAUGAUCAACUCCCAGGAUGAUAACGGUGUGUUGGUCGGGAACUGGAGCGACGACUACUCCAUGGGCACCCCGCCGACAUCUUGGACAGGCAGCGUCAAGAUCCUGCUGCAGUACGCCAACACCGGGGUCCCGGUCUGUUUCGCCCAGUGCUGGGUGUUCGCUGGAGUCUUCAACACCUUCCUACGCUGCCUAGGCAUCCCGGCGAGGGUCAUCACCAACUUCAGUUCAGCUCACGACAACACGGGCAACCUGAAGACCGACCUCAUCUUCAAGCCUGACGGCACGCCGGACAAGCGCCACACCAAGGACUCCAUCUGGAACUACCACUGCUGGAACGAGGUGUGCAUUGCACGCCAUGAUCUGCCGCCCGGCCUCGGAGGAUGGCAGGUGGUGGACGCCACGCCCCAGGAGACCAGUGACGGACAUUUUCGCUGUGGUCCAGCCUCAGUCGCCGCCAUCAAGGAAGGUCUGCUCUGCCACCCGUUUGACUGUGGAUUUGUCUUCGCUGAGGUCAACAGCGACGUGGUCUUCCACAAGCGGGACCGCUACGGAACUCUGAGUCCAUUCAGGGUGGAAAAGGCUCAUGUUGGACAGGCUGUUUACACCAAGGCGGUGGGCAGCUCAGGACAGAUGGACGUCACACACACCUACAAGUACCCUGAAGGUAGCAAUGAGGACAGCAGGACGAUGUCUCGGGCGGAGGAAUACGGCUGUGAGAGGGAUCACUCUGAGCUGUCUGAAGCAAAGAUGUCUGUCACCAUCAGCGCUGAGCCGGUCCAUCUGGGUCAGGAUGUGAACCUGAUAGUGGACUUCCAGAACCACAGUGAACUCCCCAAAACCGUCCACGCUCACCUGGCCGGUUCCGUCAUCUUCUACACCGGAGUCACGGCCAAUCAAUUCAAAGAUCAGGACUUCACUGUCACUGUGCCGGCCUAUCAGAUGGAGCGUGUGAUGUUGAAGGUCACAGGUCAGGAGUACCUGCCUCACCUGGGCUCUCAGCUCUGCCUGCACUUUGUUGUGACUGGACAGGCUGACGGCGAUUCACUGACCGCCAUCAAGGUGGUCGACCUGCAGACCCCCGGACUCACCAUGACGGUGAGCGGCGAGCCUCGGCUGCAGCAGGAGAUGUUUGUGACCGUUUCCUUCACCAACCCCUUCAACUUCCCUCUGCAGCAAGUUCACCUGGCCAUGGAGGGACCUGGACUCAUGGAGCACAAGACCCAUUACUACAGGGUCAUCGAUCCUCAGGCUACGAUCUCCUGGAAGGAGUCGUUCUUUCCUCGGCUGGAUGGACCCCGCUCCCUCAUGGCGGUGUUGGACUGCAGCAACCUCCAUCAGGUGUUUGGAAUUGUUGAAGUCAUCAUCACAGCCUGA